AUGGAGCUGUUUUUGACUAGACAUGGAGAAACUGUUGGAAAUGUUGAUAGAAUAAUACAAGGACAGCAUGGAGGAGAAUUAACACAGCUUGGGUUUGAGCAAGCAUUAUUAUUAGGAGAAAGGCUUAAUAAUUAUAUAACUUUUAGGCAAACUCCCUCAAAGAGAUGAGCUGAAUUUUUAUGCCAGGAAGUUUGAAAAAGUGGAAUAUCAAAAAAUGUUUGACAAGUUUAAAAGCUGUCAAGAAGCAUGCCAAUUUUUAAAAUGCUUCAUUAUUAAAUUAAUUUUAAAUUAAAGAUAACCCUUUAGAGCGGGAUUGAUUAAUAUUUUACUUACUUUUUUUCUAUUUUCAGGAGAAUUUAACUUCAAAAGUAAUUAGGUAGAUUUUUAAAUAUAUUGUUUUUACAAAUUCAAAUGGACUUAAAAAUUAAAACUUAUCAAUCGAGUUGCUUUUUUGCAGAAAGAUAAUUUUUUAAAUAAGCAAUGCCAAUUUGAUUGCGAUUAAAUGCCCUAUAAGCCAAAGUUUGUGUUAAGCGCUGAUUAUUCUUUAUGAAAUUCUUAAUUACUCAUAAUAAUGCUUUAUAUUUAUCAUCUCCAGUCUAAAAGGGAUCUUAAAUUUAAAACUAAUUUACAUUUGAAAAAUUGGCGCUUUUGCUUGUCAACUUUUUUACUUGUUAACCAUUUUUUGCAUGCCAGUUUUUAAACUUUCCCCUUUUUAAGAUCCAGCUCGUCACUUGGAGAGAUUCUUUCUUAGUCGUUCAGCAAAUCAUUGCAUUUUGGUCGAUAAAGAAAUCUAAUUAGGGGUAUGCCUAUAUAUUAUAUUUUUGGGGGAAAAAAUUAAGGUAAAGCAGCAUAGAUUUGACGCAAUAUAUUCUAGUGACCUCCAUAGGUGCCAGCAGACCCUUUCUCAAAUUAUUCAAUAUCACAAUUAUAUACAGCCAGUUUUGGAUCCAAGAAUUAGAGAAAAAAGUGGUGGGGAGAUGGAAGGCAUGCCCCUUGGAAGUACUGAUAGAGCAGCCAGAGCUCUUGGCAUUAAUCCAAGAGAAUUCAAACCCCCAGGUGGAGAAUGCUGAAGAGAUGUCCAUCGAAGGGCUAAAGAUUUUCUCAAUCAUUUGUUGAGAAAUCAUUUAGAAACAAAUGAUAGCCCAAAUCCUCAAAAAAUAUUAAUUAUUAGUCAUGGCGGCUGAAUUAUGGAAUUUUUAAAUGCAAUUAGAGAGCUCAAAGGGCAAGAAGCAGUCUUAGCAAAUAAAAGUCAUAAUACUGCGCUGUAUAUCAUUAGAUUCAGUAGAAAAGGGAACAAAUUAACUUAUAAAAUGAUGCUGGAAAAUGAUACUUCGCAUUUGAAGCCAAAAAAUAAAUAA